UCUCACAUCAUUGGGAAUUCUCACACUGCCCUGAAUAUAAGCAUCUGUCUGUAAUUCUCUUGUUUUGCAAUUGAAAUGGAUUUGCUUGACAAAGCCAAGAAUUUUGUGGCGGAGAAAGUAGCCAACAUAAAGAAACCGGAGGCUUGUGUCACCGAUGUGGAUCUGGGUGGCAUCCACCGUGAUCGCGUAGACUAUGACGCUAAGAUCACCGUUACCAAUCCUUAUGGUCAUCCCUUGCCUAUUUGCGAGAUUUCCUACACUCUCAAGAGCGAUGGCAGAGAGAUAGCAACAGGGAAAAUGGCAGAUCCGGGAUCACUGAAGGCAAACGACACGACGUUUCUGACUGUGCCGGUUGGGGUGGCACAUAGUAUACUGGUGAGCUUGGCGAAGGACAUAACUAGAGACUGGGACAUCGAUUACGAGUUGGAGUUGCGUCUAACUAUCGAUCUUCCUGUCAUCGGUGAAUUCACCAUUCCUCUUUCCAGCAAAGGGGAAGUCAAGCUUCCCAGCCUCAAGGACUUUUUCUAACUAAAUCAAGUUCUUACAAACUAGCGGUGAUGUGUAACAUUACAUUUUCAGUUUUGAAUAAAAUUCACCUUAUAAAGGCA